AUGAGUCCUUAUUCUAAGGUUCAUGCUCCCAGUCUUACUUGUUCCCUAUCUUGGAUCACUGCUUAAUAUUUCUAAAAAGUAUUUCAUGCCGGAUGAUUCUGAAAUGAAAUUUUGCUUCAGACUUUUCAGUCCUUAAAGUGCCAGACUUGACUAAUAUUUGGAAUAUUCUGCCUCAGGCUCUGGAGCUCUUCAAUGGAUUUGUGUCUGAAUUUCUACUUAUCAUAUAUUUGUGCUUCCUCUAAGUGGAUAAAGUGAUAACGUAAUACAAAGCACAAAGGAUUAAAAACACUAAAUCACAGAAGAAAGGAAAGAGAAAAGUAAUUCUGAAGUUUUCGCCUAACAUCCCAGUUACUGAUGGAGAAUGGACUGUGACAGACUUGUGUGACAGUACUACAAUAUUGCCACCAGACAGAGCGGAAGAGAUCGGAGGGGUUGAGCGGGUCAGUCGGAGACGAAACCGCCGGGGGAUAAUCUGAAAUAUCGUCCUCCUCAAGAAGCUCCGGACUGUGUGCGCGCGAAGGAGGUGACGCCAUCUUGUUGCGGGGACCGGAGUGAAAUAAAUCAGGAUCAAAGAUGAAGACAGUAACCAGAAUAUACCAUGGGAUACGGUUAUGGUUGUUUCCGUUUAUCAUCAUAUCAUUGAGGUUUCCACACACGGCCUUUUCCUGUCCUAAACCAUGUGCCUGCUAUGUCAGCUCUGAAGUUCACUGCACAUUCCGAUCUCUAGCAACUGUACCAACAAGGAUUCCAAAAAAUGUGGAAAGAAUUAAUUUAGGGUUCAACAGCAUCCAGUCUAUUCCUGGACAUGCAUUCUCUGGAUUAUCCAAAUUAGAGAUGCUUUUAAUUCACAGCAAUGAUGUGCAAAAUAUUCCUAAUGGGGCUUUCAAAGACUUGAGUUCCCUACAGGUUUUUAAAAUGAGCUACAACAAACUGAACGUUAUCUCCAGCCACACAUUUCAUGGACUCUCUAGUUUAACCAGAUUACAUGUUGACCAUAAUAAACUGGAAUUUAUACAUCCCAAUGCGUUCAGUGGAUUAACUGCCUUAAGGCUGCUUCAUUUAGAAGGCAACUUGCUUCAGCAACUCCAUGUCAACACUUUCUGCACUUUUAACUUUCUGGGCUACUUCAGACAAUCUACAUUGAAGCAUCUUUACUUAUCAGACAAUAUGAUUCAGACGCUCCCUGCUGGCAUGAUCCAAACAAUGCCACUGCUAGAGAACCUAUAUCUUCAUGGCAACCCUUGGGCCUGUGAUUGUCAAUUAAAAUGGUUACUUGAAUGGGAUGAACAGUCCAAUGGAGUGUUAAAAUGCAAGAAAGACAGGUCCUAUGAAAAUGGACAACUGUGUUCAAUGUGUUCCAGCCCAAGACAACUACAAAACCAAGAAAUUCAGAGCCUGAAAGAUAUGUCCUGUUCACGGCCUACUAUUUUCUCUCCACUCAGGAUAAACAGUAGUGAUGUUCCCUCCGAAGACGAUGACACAGAGCUUCAAUUGUUAGAGUUAAACAAAGAUUUUCUUGGGCAGAUUAUUUUAAAUAUGACAGAUGAGCACGGGAACAAAGUAAAUCUGGAUUGUCAGAUAAAGAAAACCGAAGAUUACAGUAAUAUUCAGUGGAACCAACUUCAGCAAGAAGAAAUUGAUGUUAAUGCAACAUUUAAUUUACAUUUUGAAUGUCCAAUGACUCGGGACAACUAUGAGAAAUUAUGGAAACUAAUUGCCUACUACAGUGAGGUUCCUGUGAAGUUGGAAAGAGAACUGCUGUUUACAGAUAGCUAUAAAACAACUUACAGAUAUAAACAGAACCUGGAUCAUGACUCCUAUUAUUACACAGGAGUCCGAGCAGUGAUAUCAGCAGAACCUGAAUGGGUGAUGCAAACAGUCAUCAAGAUUCAGCUUAAUAGAAGAAUGAGUACAGCAAAGAAAGUUACCCUAUCCUUCUCUACACAACUUUCCCAAUCAAUUCACACAAAAGAUAUUCAGUAUCCAAAGAAUAGUUGGGUCAUGAUCAAUAAAAAUGAAAACACCAAAACCUCAUAUAGUGUCAUUAAAGGAAGUGUUUGCCAAAUGUCUUGCCCUGUAAAGUCUUCAGAAACACAUACCAUAGAAUGGAGUUUGCCAGAUGGAACGACAUUGAAAGCUCCAUACAUUGAUCAAAAUAGUAGAUAUGCUAUAUCGGCAAGUGGACAGUUGAUGAUAAAACAAGCAGAUUUCCAAGAUUCUGGUGUCUAUCACUGUAUUGCACAAGUAAAGCAUGAGGUUGACACUUUGGCUAUAAGAGUGGUGGUGCAGCCUUCAUCCAAUGAGAUAUCUGAAAGCAACAUUAAAGUGGUCACUAAAACAGUUGGAGAACCUGUAACUUUACCAUGUAGUGCAGAGGCAAAUCCAAAUGCUGAGGUGAAUUGGAUUUUACCAAACAACAAUAUUAUUAAUUCGGUCACAAAUAAAUCUGGUGCAUACCUAUCAAAUGAUGGGUCAUUGCUCAUUCCAACUACUAAGCUUACAGACAGCGGCCUUUAUAGGUGCAUAGCUCUCAACCAGUAUGGAGUAGAUCAUUAUAGUGUGCAGGUAGCAAUACUAAAAAAGUACUCUGAGCAGUUGAAUAGAAUAACAAUAAUUAAAAAGCGUCCUAUUGUAAAGGUUCCUUCAAAGCCCAUGUAUGAUCUAAUAGAUGAUGACAGGGGAUCUGGUGAGACAGAUAUACAAGAGGAAACAGACAAAUACAAGCUUAAGGACAGAAAAAAAUCUGAAAAAGAUAAAAGUUCCAGAGUGCAAGGCAAAAAUAUUAGAAAAGAUAGGAAGAAGAUUAAUUCAUGGAAAAAUACAGAUAAAGAUGAAGAUAGUAAUAUAGCAGAAGGACGAAGGAAAUUUGAAUCAAGAAGGAGGAUAAUAGGGGGUAAUAAGCAGAUUGAUCCCAAGAAAUGGGCCACUAUUUUGGCUAAAGUUAGAGGGAGAAAUAAUCUAAAAACUACUGAUGUUCCAUUCCUAACCACUCCAGGAACCGUAACUACCCCGACCAAUAAUCAUGAAGACCCAACUCCUUCCUCCAUAUCUGAACCACUGUAUACAAUUACAGAAGUAGCCAGCAGUGCAGAAGAAGCAUCAGCAGAUGAUAGUGAUGAUGUAUUGCAUAUAACAUCUUCACCAAAAGUGACCAUAACACAAUAUCAAGACCCAGCAACACAGGUAGACCACAGUGUUACUAAGGAAGAGACAAAUGAAUAUAGUGAUGUUCCAUUUGUAGAGGAGAUCUUAGAGGAAACAAAAACGGAAUCAUCUAUAUUGCAGCAAAGUACAGCAAAUCCAGUCAAGUCAACUGUCGAAAAUCUAGAUAUAGAAGAUUCUAUUUAUUCAACAGGUGAGGAAGAUUUCAAGGCAUUUACAGAAGACAAUACGGGUAUUGGAAGUAUUGAUCCAACCAAUACCAUUGAAGCUGAAACAUAUCAAACAGAUUAUGUUCCAGAACAACAAGAAAAUCUUGUAGAUGAAGACAGUACUCCAAUGUCCAUUCAUACCGUUACUAUCAUGUCUAAUAAAGAAACAGAUCAUUCCGAAGAAGGGGAAAAAACAACAACGCCCAGAUUUGAUAAUACUCAACAUACUACACUUGAUACGUAUAGCGUUAAAACACCAGUUUAUCAAAAUCCCACAGAAUCAGAAAUUGACAGCGACAGCGAAAAUAUUUAUUUACCAGUGAAGACUGACAUGUCUUCUCCAUCUCCAAGGGAAACUAUUACUUCGGAACAUGAUCAAAUGGUCUCUAAAGCCAUAGAUAGUAUUAUACCUAAAUCAACUGACAUUUUUACAACAACAUCACCUCCUCUUGCAACUAGUCCUGUUUCGGAGGACAUUUUAUCUGCUCCAUUUGUUUCGCUGUCUCCUGAGAAUUAUAAACAUAUGACAGAAAAAGUAUCUACAACUAAAAGUAAAAAAGUAAUUAAGGUAAAUGUUGAAACUCAUCCAGAAACCACAACAGAAACAGAGCAACAUUUAUGGGUGACUACAAGUCCACAUACUAUUGUUACAACCCCAGGGACAACAACUAGAACUAUUCCUUAUACUACACAAAUACCAACAACAACAACUUCCUUUUCUACUCAGGCCAAUAUUCCAUAUCCUAGGAGAAGAAACAAUGGGAGACGAAGGUUCCGACCAAACAGAUUUCGACACAGACAAAACCAAAUUAAUUCUACAAUGUCAUCUGCGCAAAGUAAUUUCAAUUUGAUAACCCAAAAAAGACCAAUUUUUGAAGAGGAAAAGAUCACAAGAGUUCUGUCAAAUCAAGAUAAUGUCCUUUAUCAGCCAUGGGUAACUACUCGCCCAACAGAUAUUCAGUCAACUUAUCACGCCAUGGUUCCCUCUUUAGAAAAAGAUAAACAGAUUCUAUCUACUACUCCGACAGCUGAAGUAUUAUAUAAUACACAAACACCAGCCACGAAGGUGGAAGUACCACUUGCUCCACCAGUUACAGAAACAGAGACUUUAGACACUGUAGAUAUAUACAGUGCUAAAGAAUUAUAUACAUUAAAAUCUAUUGAAGAUGGACUAGAUAUGCAAGAGAAUGAACUUCAGACUGUGAGUGUCCCAAAUACAAAGAGCACCACACAAGAAUCACCUAAAACCAAACUAAAUCAGUAUUGGAAACCUGCUACAGGUAAAACUGAAGACACUGAACUUACAGAAUCUGGACCUGUCUUUGUAACAGAAUCAUCCCCAGUUCUUCUCACAAUUGAGCCUCCAGCAUCAACCACUCAUGGUGCCAGAACUCAGAGUACCAUGAAAUAUGAAACUUAUAGCCAAAAAGAUGUAUAUAGGCAGUCAACAACUUUACGUCCAACUCCCAAAAUUACCACCGCUGUUACAGAAAGCAGAAAUAAUCAAAGAUCAAUCAACUAUUAUAAUUCAAAUACCGUAACACUUAGCCACCCAUUUAGGCAGAAUGUAACACCCAAUCCUGGUAUGUAUACCACAGUUUAUCCAAUUAUGAGAUAUAGUUUUAUCCCUACCACACAUUUUUAUAUGACUUCUUCAAGCACACAACAUUUUCCAAUACAGCCUUCAGUUCCAAAGACGAAAUAUCAAGAAACAAUAAAUCAAGUUGCACCAACACAGAGUACUAAAAUAUUACAAACAAGUACUCUUCCUUCAAGAAUAAAUGAGCUAGAUGUAUAUUCUUCUAACCAGAAAAAAGUACACGUCCAGUCUAAACAAGAUCACAUUAAAGACACCCAUGGUUUAAAGUCAAACAACAGCCUUCCUUAUAACCCAAAAUAUCGUCAUCAACCCCGAAUAGUGAACAACUACCAUCAAGGAAUAGUUCCAUCAUACUAUAAUCCAGCCAGAGGAAACAUAAGACAGACACACAUUGGAACCUAUGGACCUCUACGCUACUUUGUUACUAAACAGCCAAUUGUAAUAACCAAUAAACCAGAGAUAACAGCUUAUACUGCACAUACAGUACAAAAUGUCCAGGAAAAGAAAGUAAACACUACACCCAUGUCAACAACUACUCCUGCAACAACCACUACUACAGUUAUCCCAUUACACAGACCAGGACCAGUGACACCAAAUAGGUUUAAUCAGGGACAAAGAAUUACUCCCCAUUACAGACCAUAUGGAAAUAAUUUUAUAACUGAUAACAAAGGUAACUCAAUACGUAUUCCUUAUGUAAAUCCAUAUUACAUGAACCCAAGAAUCCCAUAUCGUUAUAACAGAACAAGGUUUUAUCAGUUCACUGUUACUUCCAAACCUAUUCCUCCAACUAUUUUAGCCCCAGCCAAUACAAAUAAUAAAGCCUGGACAACAUUAUCAAGCGCUCUAAGAACCACUGCUUCACAAGCUCCAUUAGUAACCCAAACUUUUACAACAACCACAACUACAACCACCCCUGCUUACUUUGUGCAAAGUCGCUCUUCUCAGCCAACUUCUACUGCCCAGCCAUUGUGGCAUUACCUUAAUAUUAACCAAAGACCUCGUCUUUCGACAAAUAAAGUAGAUCCAGCAAAGCAGCCUUCAUUAUUUAAUAAUGUACAAGAAAGCAAACCCAAGAUUGUGACUUCUGGCUACCAGUUUGUAUCUGUGCCAUUUGAGAUGGAUGCUGUUUUUCCAUGUGAAACAACUGGGGAACCCAAACCUUCCAUUAGUUGGACAAAACUUGCUACAGGUGCAGUAAUGUCCUCAAAAAAUAAAAUACAACGUUUUGAAGUCUUGGAUAAUGGGACACUGCAUAUACAGAAUCUUCAGCUUCAGGACCGUGGGCAAUAUACAUGCACAGCUCAGAACAAGCAUGGUAUUGAUAAGAUGACCGUCACUUUGUCAGUUGUGGCUCAGCAACCAAAAAUAGUGCUACCUCGUUUCAAGGAUAUCUUAGUAUAUCUUGGAGAUACAAUUACAAUGGACUGCAAUGCUAGUGGCCUUCCAUCCCCUCAUAUCUCUUGGAUACUGCCAGACAGGAAAAUACUAUACACUGUCUCUACUACAGAAUCUCAUGUAAUGCUGUUUGCCAAUGGAAGUUUAUCCAUUAAAGAUGUGACAUUUCCUGACCGAGGGAUUUACAAGUGUGUUGCUAGCAAUGUGGCAGGAACAGAUAGUUUGACUCUAAAGCUUCAGGUUUCACCCUUGCCUCCUGUAAUUCAACAGGAAAAAUUGGAAAAUAUUACACUACCACAGAGCCAUAGCAUUUAUAUUCAUUGUUCAGCAAAAGGUGCUCCUCCACCCACUAUUCGUUGGGUGCUGUUAGAUGGUACACAGGUUCGUCCUUCACAGUAUGCAAAUGGAAAUUUGUUUGUAUUUCCCAAUGGGACACUCUAUAUACGUAACAGUUCACCAAGAGACAUUGGGAAGUAUGAAUGCAUAGCGGCAAACAUUGUAGGUGCUGCCAGGAGGAUAGUGCAUCUAGAUGUGAGAAAAUUUCCAUCAAAUGCAAAGAUCACUACAAGUUCUCCCCAGAAAACAGAUGUGACCUAUGGUGGGACUCUUCGGUUAGACUGUGGUGCAGCUGGUGAUCCAUGGCCGAGAAUAAUGUGGAGACUUCCUUCUAAACGUCUGGUGGAUUCCUUCUUCAGCUUUGACUCGAGGAUCAAAACAUUUUCAAAUGGAACACUGAUAAUUUAUUCAGUUACUGAAAAAGAUGCAGGAGACUAUCUGUGCAUGGCAAGAAACAAGCUUGGAGAUGACUAUUUGGUUCUCAAAGUAAAUGUGAUGAUGAAACCUGCUAAAAUUCAGCAUAAAAAUGAUGUGGACCACAAAGUUUUGUAUGGUGAAGAUCUGAAGGUUGAUUGUGUUGCGACUGGUGUUCCCAAUCCUGAAAUCUCCUGGAGCCUACCGGAUGGAAGUAUGGUCAAUAAUGUCAUGCAGUCAGAUGAUAGCGGUGCACGCUCAAGAAGAUAUGUUGUAUUUAAUAACGGAACCUUGUUCUUCAAUGACGUUGGAAUGAAAGAGGAAGGUGAUUAUACCUGCUAUGCCGUAAACCAAAUUGGACAAGAUGAGAUGAGAGUAAGUGUCAAAGUAGUGGCAGAAAAAGCAGUUAUUAAGAAUAAAACUUACUCUGUUAUCGAUGUACCCUAUGGAGAUGUUGUCACUCUUUCGUGUGAAGCCAAAGGUGAGCCUGUUCCCAAAAUAAUAUGGCUUUCACCAGCAAAUCGACCCAUACCUGUUUCAUCUGAAAAAUAUCAAAUAUUCCAAGAUGGGACUCUUCUUAUUCAAAAGGCUCAAAGGUCUGAUAGUGGAAACUACACAUGUCUGGCACAAAACAAAGGUGGUGAGGAUAAAAAGGUGGUUCAUGUUCAUGUUAAUGUUCUUCCACCUAAAAUCAAUGGCUAUUCCAAUGCUAUAAUGACCAUAAAAGAAUCUGCCAUGAAAAAUUCCCAAUUAUUGAUCGAUUGCAAAGCUGAAGGAAUUCCAACACCUCGCGUUAUGUGGGCUUUUCCUGAAGGAGUAAUUCUUCCUGCUCCUUACUACGGUAACAGAAUCACAGUUCAUCGCAAUGGAACCCUCGAAAUAAAGGUUCUACGAAAAACAGAUUCUGUACAGUUGGUAUGCAUUGGAAGGAAUGAAGGUGGAGAGGCCAAGUUAAUCGUACAACUGACUGUCAAUGAGCCGGCAGUUAAACCUUACUUUAACAGUGACCACGAAAAUGUUGUUGUGGCCGAGGGACAGUCUGCUAAACUUAACUGCUCCGCCAUAGGUAUUCCACAACCAGACAUUAUAUGGAUUCUUCCGAAUGGGACACAGAUUACUAGUGGCAAUCAUUUCUACAGAAUGUUCCAUAGACAUGAUGGCAUGCUACACAUUGGUUCUAUGGCAGCUGCAGAUGGAGGGACCUAUUAUUGCAGAGCUGUAAAUGUUGCUGGAUCAGCUGAAAGAAAGGUCACUUUACAGAUUGGCCGUAAACCUCAAAUAAGUAAUAAUUACAAUAACUUAGUAAGCAUCAUCAAUGGAGAGACUUUGCAACUUCACUGCAUCACUCAAGGUGAAACAAAGCCUCAUAUCUCUUGGACAUUACCCAAUGGAGUGGUCAUCGAUGGUCCACAAGUUAAAGGUCGCAUUUCUCUGUUACAAAAUGGCACCCUUGUAGUGAAAGACACUACUGUAUAUGACAGAGGAAGUUACCAGUGUAAAGCAAAAACACAAUAUGGUUCAUCCACAAUAAACGUCCCAGUGAUAGUCAUUGCUUAUCCUCCCCGUAUAACUACUAGCCCUGCACCUGUUAUUUAUGCUCGACCAGGAAGCUCUGUCCAGUUAAACUGCAUGUCUAUUGGGAUACCAAAAGCUGAAAUAACCUGGGAGCUUCCGGAUAAAUCUCUUUUGACUGCAGGAGCUCAGUCUCGCUUGUACGGAAACAAAUUUCUUCAUCCUCAGGGGACAUUAGUUCUUCAACAUUCUUCAAAGAGAGAUGCAGGUUUUUAUAAAUGUACAGCUAAAAAUAUAUUAGGCAGUGAUACAAAAACAACCUAUAUACAUGUAUAUUAAGAUAAAUGAGAUCAAAUAUCCAGGUAAAAGCCCAUGACUGCCAUACAAGUGCAAAGUAUACUGUAUCAAUUAUUACAGACAUUCUCCCAUUAUGUCUUCAUAAAGUUUGCAGAAACGGCGUACCAAUCUACGGACAAAGCAAAAGCCAAAAAUUCAAUGAAUGAGACCAAAGGCUUAGAUGUACAUUAUAUCACAUGUUAAGGCUUUUGAAACUCAAUCACAUUAUUUACUGCUCACAUUUCUGAAUGAUACAGUGUUACAUUGACUUGAUCUGCACCUUAGUACCAAAGAAGUAUUAGUACUAUACACAUACUACAGUUAUAUGUGUUUUAUUCUUUAUUUGCAGAUGUUCUAUGUCCCUAUACCUCUUUAGCGUUCCAAUACCACUAUUUUUAAAGAAAAAGUAUAGCCAAAAUACAAGUUGCUUCUAUUAAAAGAAUAACCCUAUUAACAGUUGCCCAACACUUUAUGUUUCUCUAUAGGAGUAAUUUGCCUUUUUGGUAUAGUUUGUCUUUAGUGACUGUUAUGUGUGCAUCCACAUACUGAAUAACUAAUGUUCUGCAAUGCUGAAAGCCAGCCAUCUCAGUUCCCAUACGGGCUUUGAGAAAUUUGAACUUAUGAAUAUGCAACAGAAAAAUAUGACUACGGAUUUUGCUUUUUUGCAUAUGUUUUAUAUUCGUAAUCGAAUCAUGAGACAAAAAUUACCGCAAUCCCUGUCUCAUUUUUAUAAAUUAUUUGGUCUUUAAAAGACUUUGCUGAAAACUGUGUUUAUAUUAUUAUGAUCAUUGUACUGUACAUUUUACAAUAAAUAUUAUUUUCC